AUGACAACAAAUGGUGGAAGAACUCGUUUCUUCAACUCCUUAAUUCUCAAGGCUGGUGACUUCUGCGAAGAGGAGCUUCUAACAUGGGCUUUGGAUCCCAACUCCUCCUCAAAUGUACCCACUUCAACUAGAACAGUAGAAACUAUAUCAGAAGUUGAAGCCUUUGCUCUCAUGGCUGAUGACUUGAAGUUUGUUGCUUCCCAAUUUCGACGUCUUCACAGCAAACAGCUCCACCACACUUUCAGGUUCUAUUCCUCCCAAUGGGAGACAUGGGCUGCAUGUUUCAUACAAGCAGCUUGGCGUCGAUACUGGAAAAAGAAGAUUGAGAGGUCAUUACGUGAAGCAGAAGACAAGAUAGCUUGCGUCAGAAUGAUUACUAGAAUGCGCAGCAGAGCUUGA